ACCCGAGAUGGAACAGUCUACCGGUAAUCAAUGAUAAAUGAUUAAUACCACGUAUCUUACUGAUGAACAUUUAAAAUCUGAGUUAAAGACAAUUUGUUCUUACCUUUGACCAUAGGAGUUACCCGAGCCGUAACAGUUGUAAUAUUUAAUACCAGAAAUUCAAAAUAAUAUAUAGACAAAGUGUUAUUACGUGACUAUGAAUGAUUCUGGAACCGUUCUCAUUUUACUCAUAUUCUGCAAAGCAGUAUUCUUGUCGGCAGGGGCCCAGUAUGUUGAAACACUACUUACCAUUUCCAACGGAACAGGAAUAGGAUUAUUCAACCUAUGGCAUUUGUCAAAUGUUCAUUGCGGGAAUGUUGAUGAUGGUUUUUUCCGUAGUGAUAUCAUUGAUAGAUUUCACCCAGAAAUUGAAUGUCCUUAUCUGUUAUAUUUGAGAAUGAAAACAGUAGAUGGAACAUACAAGAAAAUGACAAAAUAUUUUACAAAUGUCACAUUAGAGAAGACUUUAGAAGGCGGUUCCAUAUUUGAGGUACCAGGACCGACUUUUCCAUCUCCCCACGUGUCAUCAAUUCACACUGCUGAUGGUUUUGAAUAUAAAUUGGCUGAUCCUACUGGCAGAUACUUGUAUUUUGGGAUUUUAAGACCUUCAAACAAUACUGAAGUUGUAUUUUAUACCAAUGAUACAGGUUACGACCUUACAAAUGGACUGCCGUCGUCUACGAACGUUGUAAAGUUGGAAGUUAUUGCAUCUUUUAAGGAUGUGGGUAUUUGUAAUGAGACAACUAUGGAAUCACCAGUAGAUGUCGCAGCCUGUGACGAACCACCUACAGUGACUGCCAGUUUCUCAUAUAUUGAAGCCGUAUACAGUGAUAACAUCACUUUACAGUGUACAGUUGACGGUGGUAUUCCAAUUGAUGAAUCAUUCUGGGACACUGUAACACAAGGACAGGUUGAUGUUGAUGUAAUCAAUAGCAUGGAUAUGAUACUAAACCUUGAAAGUGUAACAUUUGCUUAUACAGGAAUAUACAGGUGUUGUGUUGCAAACAAGCUUCAUUUCAAAGAAUGGGAUCAAAUAGUAGUAAACGUGACAGGGGGCUUUCCACAAGUUACCACGACUUCAUUAUCGACAACUCUUAAUACAAGUGAAUCAGUUACUUUUGAUUGUUCUGUAACGGCUUCGCCUAUUGUUACCGAUUUUUAUUGGAGGAAACGAGUCAGCGGAGUAGAUUCAGUAAUUUCAACAACAGACAGUAGAUUUACUAUUGCGGGAUUGUCAACGCCUUCCUUGACUAUCACAAAUCUACAAGUAACUGAUGCUGGAGAAUAUUUUUGUGUUGCGUCCAAUGUAAUUGGAGAAGGUACAAGUACAGGGAUAACAUUAGCUAUUACUUCACAAAAUACAGAUUUAUGUCCUUGUUCGUGUGCAUACCGCUCCAAAGUAGACUACUGGGCAUCACACAAUGUAACCAAUAUGACAUACGAUGAAAUUGUUGUCUGGUUACAGCCCAAAAUAAAAGAAUUGGAAAAGACUCUGACAGUUGAUAAAUCCAACUUGUCAGCUCUAAUCAACAAACGAAUAAGUAUGAAAGACGAUCGACCAUCAGCUAGAAGUAUUGGGUAUAUAGGGAUUGUUAUAUUGUCCGUUGUUUUUGUUUUGAUAUUGUUUAUAGAUGUGACAUCGAUCACAAGACAUACACAAAACAUUAAACUAUUGUGGGGAGUGAAAAAAAAGUGAGACCAAUUUAUAUCAUUGUUGUUUUGGUUUUAUCAUUGCUCAAUUACAUUGUGGUGUACUUCAGACAUCUCAUUGGGUUUGGAAAGCAAUCAUCAACUUGCACUGUGUACUCAUCGUAGCGAUAAUGUAUAUUUGUUCAACAAAAAAUUAAUAGUUAUCAUUAGCGACAAUCAAAAAAACUAUAGUAGAGUUAUACAUACAUACAAAUUUAACUAUGCACCAGAUUGGAUAGUUUUAUAUUAGUGUUAAUAGACUCUGAUAGAAAAACCAAUGCUUAAUACAACUAGGUCCGUAACGUUUAAUUGAUCUAUAACGGAUUCGCCUCGUGUUACAAAUUAACACUGCAGGAAACGAGUCAAGACUACAUAUCGUUUCAAUGCAAGCUAUUUUGUACGUAUCCAAAAGUAUUGUAUUGAAAUGAAUAAAAUAGAUGUAACAAAUGUUUUCUGGUAUCAGUUACAUGUGAGUGAUAUGUUGCUAAUGGUUCUAAUGCAAGAGUUAUGUAACAUUGAUGUGGGAUUUUAUGUCUGACAUGCGGAAAUAUCAAUGUUAGGCUAGAAUGACAAUGAUGUUCAUUAACAUAUGUGUUUUUAUCCUUUGAUAUGAUAGGUUUGUAACCAAAUGCUCCCAAAUAUUCUUUAUACAUGUAACAUUUAUAACUAUUUCCAGUAUUGCUGUUGUUGAUUUAUUGUUCUGUGAAGAAAAUCCAGAAAAAGCUCUUAUAACCGGAUAAAUAUUGAAUCUUCCUCCUCUUUGAGAAUAUAUUGACCAAUAAAGGUUAAUGUUAUAUUAUAUCUUAUACGUUUAUAUAAUUACAUUACAUGAAUGUUUCAUUAGAAUCCGUAAUUUUGAUAUGCUGACAACAAUCCCGGGGAACUUCAAUAUCAUAUAUUUUUAUUUCCGUAUAAAAUACAACAGCUUUAACUGCAAGUGCUUUCCGUGGCAAUGCUUAAAUAAUGCAUUGAAAAACAAACAAAAAGUUUCAUAGUUGUAGCAUUACAUUGUAAUUAUAGAAAUUGAAUGCUUCUUUUUAUGUUCUAUGGUUGUAAAAGCGUUGAUCGUGCGCAUAUUUUUAAUAUGAAGACAUACAAAAUGUGCUUCGGUCAACGCUUUUACAUACCAAUAAAAUUAUAAAAAUAAGCAUUCAAUUCUUAAAUGAUGUGUCGUUAGGUCUAUUUGGCUGAAUCGAAAAUUAAAUUAAAGUAAUUCAAUUUGUAUUUUUAUGCUGAAUAAAUUUAUAACCGACGAUAACUUUAUUAUGAACUUUUCGGUUAGUUGAAUCAUUUUUUCACAAUAAAUAUUUUAAGCAACCAAACGACAAACAUAACUAAAUAAAGGCAACAGUAGUAAACCGCUGUUCAAUAGUCAUAAUUCGAUUAAGCAAAAACCAAUCCUGGUAACAAACUAAAACCGAGGGAAACACAUCAACUAUAAGAGGAAAACAACGGAACAACAGAAACACUGAACUACAACAAAAGCAAACGCCAACAUACAUAGAAACAGACUGUCUGAUCAAGAGGGAAACAUACAGUCUUCAACAAAAGAAGGUGUCUUACACAAUAUGACAAACUCUUAAUCGUUCCGAAUUUAUACAAGUUAUGAAUGAAUUUAAUAGAAACAUUCAAAGAAAUACACCACACAUCACUUCUCCAAGCAAUAGAAAAAAAACAUUAAAAGGGUCCUAACUUAGUAUAGACACAUGAAAAUAUGGCGGGGUUAAAUAAGGUUUUCUUUAGAUUUAUUUUUAAACCUGAUCAAUAGACAGAUUAACAACUGUACACAAAAGAACAUACGGUAACAUGCUCUCUUUGUAAGGGGACAUUUUUCUAUUAAGGCUACAUUUUAAUUAAACACAUGUUUAUGCAAUUUACAAAACUUACUUGAUAUGUUAAAUUUGUGUCGUAAACAAACGUCAAUAAUCAUUAAUGUAGUUCAGUGAAACAAAUUAAUAUGAAAAAUGUUGUUCUUAGGUCGACUCCAUUAGUUUCCUGUAUUAAAUCUAAUUAGAAGUCGACGGGCUUAAUUAAUUACAUAUUUAUUAAAAACAGACUUAAUAUAGUGUAUGAAAAAUCGGUUACAUAUUGGUGAAACUUAUUUCUCGAUUGUACAAAAUUUAUGAGAGAUUAAUUUUCUGUCGUAUACACAACAGAUGUUGGAAAAAAAGUUGAACAGUAUAACAUUCCAAUAAAAAGAUGCUUUAAGCUCCGAUUUAUAGAUAAUUAUUUACAUUUGGACAAAAACUAUUUGAUAUGACAUAAAAAAAACUUUUUUUUUCCAAGACAAAGCAAUUUUUGUUAGUGGAAACUAUUGUUUAUCUUUCAAUUGGUGUGUUUCGAACGUUUAAAUUUUACCAUCGAAUGUUCCGAUUGACUCAUCAUUCAUAACAGUAAUUCAAGACAAAUGGCAGUGUCCGAUUCUAUUUGAAAGAACUAGAAGAUAUGGUCAUAAAAAAAGAGUUUGAAUUUGUUAUAGAAAAUUGAUAACAUUUAAAAUUACUUGCAGUGCAUCUUUUUUUCAACAAAAUCUUUUUGAUUUAAAAAUAAUUCAGUAUUCUCUUUUUUUCGCGUUUGAAAUACUAGUUUUAACAGUUACUGAAAAUGAAAAACUCAUUUUGAGUAAAAGAGCGUAAAUUUAUAAUAUAUUAAAAAAAUGAGUAGCAUACCAAAACCUGCUCAUAAAUUACUAAAAUUACUAAAAUUAGUUCAUAUGCGUUUGUUUAAAUCUAUCGGUCUACUGUUUAGAACUUAAUAAACAUGUUUUCGUUCUGAAUAAACAUGUAUAGUUUCCAUUGGAAUGUUGGAAAUAAAGAAAGCAAUAACAAUGACUAAAUAUACAACAAUAGUAGAUAGCCAUCGAGGCACAAGGGAUAAGAGUUCCCUUUGUUCUCAUUUACCAAAAAUUAAAAUACAUGAGUCGUUGUCGAUUAAUGGCAUACCUAAACUGGAAUCCGAUUGUAUUUCAAUGUGCCUAAUGCAGACUGAUAAAUAUUAAAAGGAAAGAGAUUUGGCCUUAACGACUUGUGGUUUUGGCAAACCACAAUUAGUUCACGUGCUUUUCACAAGUCAAUAGUUUAUUUAUCUAAAUAUAUUUUGUCAUUCGAGAUAUUUGGUGUUGAUUGCAUAUUUGUUAAAGUCCUUGUGGAAUUAAUAUACAAAUUAUGUUUUAGAGCUAGAAGUUUUGUAAAGGUACUUGUCUCGGCUUAUUAUUGACUGAAAUUUUUAAUAUAUAUACCAAACUUUUUGAUAGCCUAGUCUGGUCAGUUAUAAGUUAUGGUGCAGCCAUCUGGGAUACUAGUGCCUCGUGCAGACUGAUAAACAUUAAAAGGAAAGAGAUUUGGCCUUAACAACACCAGUUUAAGCAAACCACAAUUAGUGCACGUGCUUUUCACAAGUCAACAACCUAAUCAGUACUUUGUUUAUCUUAAUAUAUUUUUUGUCAUUCGAGAUAUUUGGUGUUGAUUGCAUAUUUGUUAAAGUCCCUGUGAAAUUAAUUAACAAAUUUUGAUUUAGAGCUUGAAGUUUUGUAAAGGUACUUGUCUCCGCUUAUUAUGGACUGUUUUUUUAAAUAUAUAUACCAAAGGUUUUGAUAGUCUAAUCUGGACAGUUAUAAGUUAUGGUGCAGCCAUCUGGGGCACUAGAUAUUUUUUAUGCAUUAAUGCCGUUCAGCACAGAGCUAUCCAUUUUUUUAUGGGUCUUGGUAAAUAUAAACCUAGUGAUGACAUUAAUUGGGAUAUGGGUUGGAAACCUCCAUGUGUUAAUAGUGGAGUUAUGGUUUUAGACAUUGGGCUAGAUGUAAUAUUAUAUCAACAGAGUGAACUAUACGCUUUUUCGACGGGCUUUUAGAAAUGCUAUUAAUAAAAAGAAAAACUAGUGUAACAUCAUUAUGACAAACUUUAGAGAAUGCUAUUUAAAUUAUACACUAAUUUAGAGAAUGUGUUGCAUAAAAAUUUUAUAACACAGUUGGAAGAUUUUUUAUUUGAUAAAUAUAAGAUAAAUCAGCAUAGUGUAAAUUCAGAAAAUAUUGCGUGCAAUUGUUAUUGCGAUCUUUGAAAAAUGAACAUAAAUGCGAUAUUAAUUAUUGCGAUUUCAGGAAAAGCAGAUACAUGCAUCAGAUAUUAGAAUGCGAGCUUUUAUCAUUGCGAUACUCACCGAGUCGCAUUAUUCGCAUUAAUAAAAACCUCGCAAUAAUUUCUGAAUUUACAGUAACAAAAUAUUGUCACAAAAUGUUGGAAAAAAAUUACGGUCUUAUUAAUUGUUUAAAGAUGUUUUUGAAACAGAGAUGUAUUUGAGUAAGAACAUUUCAAGUCAAUACAGAAGUGUAUUUGCUAAAUUUGGAUGUGAUGUUGCCUCUUUGCGAAUAAAAAAAACCAGGUCGCUAUGAAAACAAAACUGUAAAUGAAUGAGUUUGUUUUUAUGUAAUAAUCCGAUUGAAGAUGAGAAACAUGUUUCCAUGUCAGGAAUAUGACAGUUGUUUUCUAUUCGUUUGAUGUGUUUGAGCUUUUGAUUUUGCCAUUUGAUAAGGGACUUUCUGAUUUGAAUUUUCCUUUGAGUUCGGUAUUUUUGUUAUUUUACUUUUUAUCAGACUGUUCUUUAUACGUAGAUUUGCGUGGAAGAUUAUUUUACGAAGUUAAAAAAAAAAUGCUGAUUUUAAUAUUUUAUCUGAUGAUAUAUCUUUUUAAAAGUACUGAUUGUUAUGAUAUGUUUGCCAAGACCUACUUUAAUAUUCUAAGUAGAAGAAAUAGUUUUGUUUAUGCUUGAUUGAUAGUUAUGAUUUUAUAGAACUGAAACAUUUUAUAGACAGUUUUAUGUUUUACAGACCUGAAAUGUUUUAUCAAAGUUAUAAUUUAUUGGAAUGUUUAUAGUCUCUCAUAAUUCUUUAUAGAAUGGCACUUGUAUUUUAACUUAUAAAAUUACUGUUUUAUACAAUGUAUAUAUUAUA